AUGCGGGCCCCGCAUAACCUGCUCCAAUUUUUUUCCAUACCGCGACUGGCAGGCAACGCCGCUCGCGACAACAAGAAGACCCGUAUCAUUCCCCGUCACUUGCAACUCGCCAUCAGGAACGAUGAAGAGUUGAACAAGCUACUCGGACACGUCACCAUCGCCCAAGGUGGUGUCCUGCCCAACAUUCACCAGAACCUUCUGCCCAAGAAGACCGGCAAGACUGGCAAGACUUUGUCUCAGGAGCUUUAA